CGCCGCCGCGGCCAUGGGGCGCUGAGGCGGCGGCAGCGGCGCGGUAGCGGGAGCGGGGCCGCAGCGGCCACGGUACCGGCCCCCCCGGCCCCCGGCCCCGGCCGCCCGCUCCCCAUGGGCUGCGGGGCCGCGGGCCAUGGAGCGGUGGGCGGCCCGCCGGGCCCCAGAGGAGGAGAGGCGGGUGCGAGCCAAUGCGCGGGAGUACAACGAGAAGUUCCAGUACGCGAGCAACUGCAUCAAGACCUCCAAGUACAACAUCGUCACCUUCCUGCCUGUCAACCUCUUCGAGCAGUUCCAGGAAGUGGCCAACACCUAUUUCCUCUUCCUCCUCAUCCUGCAGCUGAUCCCACAGAUCUCUUCGCUCUCCUGGUUCACCACCAUUGUGCCUUUGGUUCUUGUCUUAACCAUCACAGCUGUCAAAGAUGCUACCGACGACUAUUUCCGCCAUAAAAGUGACAACCAGGUGAACAACCGGCAGUCUCAGGUGCUGAUCGGCGGAGUCCUCCGGCAAGAGCAGUGGAUGAAUGUCCGUGUCGGAGACAUCAUCAAGUUGGAGAACAACCAGUUCGUGGCGGCUGACCUCCUCCUCCUCUCCAGCAGCGAACCCCAUGGGUUGUGCUACAUAGAGACCGCGGAGCUGGACGGAGAGACCAACAUGAAGGUACGGCAGGCCAUCCCUGUCACCUCGGAGCUGGGUGACACCAGCAAGCUGGCUCGGUUUGACGGCGAGGUGAUCUGUGAACCCCCCAAUAACAAGCUGGACAAGUUUGGCGGGAUGCUGUACUGGAAGGAGAACAAGUACCCCCUGAGCAACCAGAACAUGCUGCUGCGGGGCUGCGUCCUACGCAACACCGAGUGGUGCUUCGGCCUCGUCAUCUUUGCAGGGCCCGACACAAAACUGAUGCAGAACAGCGGUCGGACCAAGUUCAAGCGGACGAGCAUCGAUCGGCUGAUGAACACACUGGUGCUCUGGAUCUUCGGGUUCCUGGUGUGCAUGGGGGUGAUCCUGGCCAUCGGCAACGCCAUUUGGGAGCAUGAGGUGGGCGUCUGCUUCCAGAUCUACCUGCCCUGGGAUGAGGGGGUGCACAGUGCCUUCUUCUCUGGCUUCCUCUCCUUCUGGUCCUACAUCAUCAUCCUCAACACUGUGGUGCCCAUCUCGCUCUACGUGAGUGUGGAGGUGAUCCGUCUCGGGCACAGCUACUUCAUCAACUGGGACAAGAAGAUGUACUGUGCCAAGCGCCAGACACCAGCCGAGGCCCGGACCACCACCCUCAAUGAGGAGCUGGGGCAGGUGGAAUACAUCUUCUCUGACAAGACCGGCACCCUCACCCAGAACAUAAUGGUCUUCAGCAAGUGCUCUGUGAACAGGCACAGCUAUGGUGACAUGCAGAAUGUGCUGGGUCACAAGGCGGAGCUGAGAGAAAGGCCAGAGCCAGUCGAUUUCUCCUUCAACCCACUGGCGGACCCACGGUUCCAGUUCUGGGACCCCAGCCUGCUGGAAGCCGUCAAUCUGGGAGACCCCCACGUGCAUGAGUUCUUCCGCCUGCUCUCGCUCUGCCACACCGUCAUGUCCGAGGAGAAGAGUGAAGGGGAGCUGUAUUACAAGGCUCAGUCCCCAGAUGAGGGAGCGCUAGUCACAGCUGCCAGAAACUUUGGCUUCGUGUUCCGGUCCCGCACGCCGAAGACCAUCACGGUGCACGAGCUGGGUCGAGCCAUCACCUACCAGCUGCUGGCCAUCCUGGACUUCAACAACAUCCGCAAGCGCAUGUCCGUCAUCGUCCGCAGCCCCGAGGGCAAGAUCCGUCUGUACUGCAAAGGUGCUGACACCAUCCUGCUGGAGCGCCUGCACCCCAUCAACCAGGACCUGACCAACGUCACCACCGACCACCUCAAUGAAUAUGCUGGUGAGGGGCUGCGGACGCUGGUGCUGGCCUACAAAGACCUGGAGGAGAGUUACUAUGAGGACUGGUCCAAGCGGCUGCGCCAAGCCGGCAGUGCCCCUGAGGCCCGUGAGGAUCGCCUGGCUCGGCUCUAUGACGAGGUGGAGCAUGAUAUGAUGCUGCUUGGAGCCACAGCCAUCGAGGACAAACUGCAGCAGGGGGUCCCCGAAACCAUUGCCAUCCUGACGCUGGCCAACAUCAAGAUCUGGGUGCUGACGGGGGACAAACAGGAAACAGCUGUGAACAUCGGCUACUCCUGCAAGAUGCUGACGGAUGACAUGACAGAGGUGUUUGUGGUCACAGGCCACACUGUGCUGGAGGUGCGAGAGGAGCUCAGAAAAGCCCGGGAGAAGAUGAUGGAUGCAUCGCGCUCCAUGGGCAACGGCUUCUCCUACCAGGAGAAACUCUCCUCCUCCAAGUUCACCUCAGUGCUGGAAGCCAUUGCAGGCGAAUAUGCCCUGGUCAUCAAUGGGCACAGCCUGGCCCACGCACUGGAGGCUGACAUGGAGGUGGAGUUCCUGGAGACGGCAUGUGCCUGCAAGGCCGUCAUCUGCUGCCGCGUCACACCCUUGCAGAAAGCCCAGGUGGUGGAGCUGGUGAAGAAGUACAAGAAAGCUGUGACCCUGGCCAUCGGGGAUGGGGCCAACGAUGUUAGCAUGAUCAAGACUGCCCACAUCGGGGUGGGCAUCAGCGGGCAGGAAGGCAUCCAGGCGGUGCUGGCCUCCGACUACUCCUUCUCGCAGUUCAAGUUCCUGCAGCGCCUGCUCCUGGUGCAUGGGCGCUGGUCUUACCUACGCAUGUGCAAGUUCCUCUGCUACUUCUUCUACAAGAACUUCGCCUUCACCAUGGUCCACUUCUGGUUUGGCUUCUUCUGCGGCUUCUCAGCACAGACCGUGUAUGACCAGUACUUCAUCACGCUGUACAACAUCGUCUACACGUCACUGCCCGUGCUCGCCAUGGGCGUCUUCGACCAGGAUGUGCCAGAGCAGCGGAGCAUGGAGUACCCCAAGCUCUACGAGCCUGGGCAGCUGAACCUGCUCUUCAACAAGCGGGAGUUCUUCAUCUGCAUCGCCCAGGGCAUCUACACCUCCAUCCUCAUGUUCUUCAUCCCCUACGGCGUCUUCGCUGAUGCCACCCGCGAUGAUGGCGCCCAGCUGGCCGACUACCAGUCCUUCGCUGUUACUGUCGCCACCUCCCUUGUGAUUGUCGUCAGCGUGCAGAUCGGGCUGGACACAGGCUUCUGGACGGCCAUCAACCACUUCUUCAUUUGGGGCAGCCUGACCGCCUACUUUGCCAUCCUCUUCGCCAUGCACAGCGAUGGCCUAUUCCAGAUGUUCCCCAACCAGUUCCGCUUUGUGGGUAAUGCACAGAACACGCUGGCCCAGCCCACUGUCUGGCUGACCAUCGCCCUCACCACUGUGGUCUGCAUCAUGCCCGUUGUGGCCUUUCGCUUCCUCAAGCUGGAUCUGAAACCUGAACUCUCAGACACGGUGCGCUACACUCAGCUGGUACGGAAGAAGCAGAAGACCCAGCACCGGUGCAUGCGGCGUGUGGGGCGUGUGGGCUCGCACCGUUCUGGCUAUGCCUUCUCCCACCAGGAGGGUUUUGGGGAGCUCAUCAUGUCGGGCAAGAACAUGCGGCUCAGCUCCCUGGCACUCUCCAGCUUCGCCACCCGCCCCAGCGCCAGCUGGAUUGAGACCCUGCGCAAGAAGAAAGGCAGCGACGGCAGCACUGCCGGCAGCCCCAGCGGCGUGGCCGACAAGACACUCAAGGGCUCUCGCGGGACACGGUGCUGGGCCGCCUGGGAGCGAACAUCACGUUGACCUGCCAGGACGAGGGGCUGGCGAAC